AUUUACACUUCCAAGUUUUCCAGAACACAAAAUAAAGUCUGAAAAACAGGUCCCUCAUGAAGACAUCCUAUGUUUAUCCUCUGCUCCUCUGACAAUCCUACCUAGAAAAUGAUAUCCUGGGAACAAUCCCUAUCCUGAAUGAGUGAAAAAAGAUUUCCUGUCAUUCUAUCUCAGAACACUUCUCACUUGCUCUAGAAAAGUGGAGAAAUUUGUUUGUUCAGCAUCUUCAGAAGUCUACAACAAGUCACAUCAUGUUGAGUAAAGUUUUGCUGUGGUCUCUUCAGAUGAGUCUCCUAGGGAUCAGUCUUGGCGGGAAUGUUCUCAUCUGGCCAAUGGAAGGCAGUCACUGGCUAAAUAUUAAGACAAUAAUAGACGAACUCCUAAGAAAAGAGCACAAUGUGACUGUUCUCCUUGCCUCCGGUGCACUUUACAUCACACCGUCGAUUAGCCCAUCUCUGACAUUCGAAAUCUAUCCAGUGCCCUUUGACAAGGAAAAGAUAGAUAGUGUGAUCAAGGAUUUUGUUUUGACAUGGCUGGAAAACAGGCCAUCUCCUUCAACUAUCUGGAAGUUCUAUGUGGAGAUGGCUAAAGUCAUAGAGGAAUUCCACAUAGUGUCCAGAGGGAUCUGUGAUGGUGUUCUUAAAAAUGAAAAGCUGAUGGCAAAGCUGAAGAAAGGAAAGUUUGAAGUACUGUUAUCGGACCCAGUAUUUCCUUGUGGUGACCUCGUAGCUUUAAAACUGGGAAUUCCAUUUAUGUAUUCUUUGAGGUUCUCUCCUGCCUCUACAGUGGAAAAACACUGUGGAAAGGUUCCAUUCCCUCCUUCCUAUGUUCCUGCAAUUUUGUCAGAGCUCACAGACCAGAUGUCUUUCACUGACCGAGUAAGAAACUUCAUCUCCUACCAAAUGCAGGACUACAUGUUUGAAACUCUGUGGAAGUCAUGGGAUUCCUAUUAUAGUGAAGCUUUAGAUGGCAGCCAUUGGCUAAAUAUCAAAACCCUUCUUGAAGAGCUGAUUCGAAGAAAUCACAGUGUGACUGUACUGGCUUCAUCAGAAACUCUCUUUAUCAACUCCAGUCCUGAUGCUUUUGUGCAUUUUGAAGAGAUUCCAGUUUCUUUCACAAAAAGUAACAUAGAUGAAAUGAUUGAACACAUGAUAGCCCUGUGGCUAGACCACAGACCAACACCUCUCACCAUGUGGACUUUCUACAAAGAACUAGGAAAACUCCUUGAGACUUUCUAUCAAAUUAAUAUUGAACUCUGUGACGGUGUACUAAACAAUCCCACACUAAUGGCGAGACUUCAGAACCGGGGUUUCGAUGUGUUAAUAGUUGACCCAGUAACAAUCUGUGGCGAUCUGGUGGCUCUGAAGUUGGGAAUUCCAUUUGUGUACACAUUGCGCUUCUCUCCAGCCUUUACAGUGGAGAGGCACUGUGGGAAAAUCCCUGCACCGGUCUCUUAUGUACCUGCAGCCUUGUCAGAGCUCACUGACCAGAUGUCCUUUGGUGAAAGAGUUAAAAACACCAUAUCUUACUAUCUGCAAGACUAUAUUUUUCAGUCCUACUGGGGAAGAUGGAAUUCAUACUACAGCAGAGUUCUAGGAAGACCCACCACAUUAUGUGAGACUAUGGGGAAAGCUGAGAUAUGGCUGAUGCGAACAUAUUGGGAUUUUGAAUUUCCUCGCCCAUAUUUACCUAAUUUUGAGUUUGUAGGAGGACUGCACUGCAAACCUGCAAAGCCUUUACCCAAAGAAAUGGAAGAGUUUGUCCAGAGUUCAGGAGAACAUGGUGUUGUGGUGUUUUCUCUGGGAUCAAUGGUCAAAAACCUGACAGAAGAAAAGGCCUGUCUCAUUGCCUCAGCCCUUGCCCAGAUUCCUCAGAAGGUUUUGUGGCGAUACAAAGGGAAGACACCAGCCACAUUAGGAUCCAAUACACGGCUGUUUGAUUGGAUUCCCCAAAAUGAUCUUCUUGGACAUCCCAAAACCAGAGCUUUUAUCACUCAUGGUGGAACAAAUGGAAUCUAUGAGGCCAUUUACCAUGGGAUCCCUAUGGUGGGACUCCCCAUGUUCGCUGAUCAACCUGACAACAUCGCUCACAUGAAGGCCAAGGGAGCAGCUGUGGAGGUGGACAUGAACACAAUGACAAGUGUAGAUCUGCUCAAUGCUCUGAGAACAGUCAUCAAUGUCCCAUCUUAUAAAGAAAACGCCAUGAGACUAUCAAGAAUCCACCAUGAUCAACCAGUGAAGCCCCUCGACCGAGCUGUCUUCUGGAUUGAGUUUGUCAUGCGCCACAAAGGAGCCAAACACCUGCGUGUGGCAGCACAUGACCUCAGUUGGUUUCAGUACCACUCUCUGGAUGUGAUUGGGUUCCUGCUGGCUUGUAUGGCAUCUGCUGUAUUCUUGGUUGCAAAAUCUUGUUUGUUUGUAUUCCAAAAGUUUGUUAAGACAGGAAAGAAGAAAAGGGACUAGAUCAGGGAAAAGACCACAAAGGUCUCUCUGGGUUUGCUAAAGAACUAAAUGUAGUAGUCCUACUACUUAGAGGUACCUGGAGCUGUCAAUCACCCAUCCUCAUUCCAUUUUCAAGCAUCACAUUGCUAAGCUAGCCUGAAAGUAAAUUCUAAGAUGCAACCUAAUCAUAUUUUCCUAAACGUGCCUUAUAUCUCCCUUGCUACUUCAGUGACAGUCCUAGCACUAUUGCUUUAAAUAUGUUCUUUCCAGGAUGUUAUUUAAAAUAUAAAAAAAUGAUAAUUGAUAGCAUUCUGUGUGGGAAGGCACACAGGGUAUAUUGAAUUUUACUUAAGAGUCACAGGGGUCACAUACAUGGGGACUCAUGGAUCACACAACUGGAGCUCUAAGCACUGGGAUUAGUGUACUGUGAGAAGGUUCAUCGUUUUCUUUUUUAAAUAAAGACCAGUUUUUGUGAUUCUCUGAUAUCCCAGACAUUAGAGGAUGAACUAAAGACUGUGAUAGCAUAGCGAAAUAGGAAAAGUAUAUAAAAAUGAUAGCACCUUUCAAUUGUGAUGGGCUAGUCUCCUGCUGUUUACUGAAAUAUAUAUAUGUUUAUGUUGUCCUGUGAAAGGUUUUAGAGACUGUCUUUGAGAGAGGAAGGGAUGAACUAAGCCAUUGGUUUUUUUUUUUCUCUCAGAUAAUCAUUGCCAACAAUAUUUGAAAGGUUACGUCUAGAAAAAGUAAAAACCUAUGUAAUAUUGAAAACUGUAGUAAUUUCUUAAAUUUUAACUUGCAGUGCUUGUAAUAGUUCUCUGUAAUCCAUUAUACAUAAAAAUCAUAUUGCUCAUAAUCUAUAAUGACUAUGUAUAGUCAAAUGUUUAAUUUUCUGCAAAAAUAAAUACUUAUAUUGACAUUA